AAAAAAAAAAAAAUUAAUAUAUAUAUAAAAACAAAUAAAAUAUUUAGAAAUUUAAUAUACAUAUAUACACACAUAUAUAGGUACAUUAUUAUGGGUACAAUUCAAUCAAAACUUAACAAUCGAAGUAUUAAUAAUAAAACUUUAACGAAUAAUAAUUAUAGAGAAUUAUUUCUUGAAAACAAUAAUUUAGCCACAGUUGAUGAAGUAAUACAUUUAGGUCAUUGUGUACUUAGAGAAGGAUGGAAUGGUAAUUUCUCUUCUCCAAUUAAACCACGUUUAAUUAGUGGUGCUAAAGUGUUAGAUGUGGGUUGUGGUUCAGGAGCUUGGAUUUGUGAAAUGUCAUCAGAUUAUCCAUCUUCCCGCUAUAUAGGAAUAGAUUUACUUCCUUUAUUUCCUACAACGAAACCAUUUAAUGUUCAAUUUAUACAUCACGAUUUUCUUAAUGGUCUUCCAUUUCCAGAUUCGACUUUUGAUUUUGUACACAUUCGUUUUAUGAUAUUUGAUCUAACUGAAACACAAUGGGAACAAUUUAUGUAUUCUGAAUUAAUGAGAGUGUGUAAGAUCGGUGGUUGGAUUGAAAUAUCUGAUCCCGAAUUAAAAUUAAUUAAUGAAGGACCUGUUACCGAACGUAUAAAUUACUCAUUUAGAAAGAAAUUACAAUCACGUGGCAUAAAUCCAGAUGUAACAUUGUUACACGCCCAACAUUUCUCUUCAACUCCAAACAUUUCUUCUCCGAUUUACCAUGAACACCGAGAAUUUACCAUUAGUUCAAGAUUAUCCCAUGAUAAAUUAGCUCAAUCACUUACAACUUAUACGUUGGAAUCUUAUAGAUGUAUAUUAAAUUCUAUAGGUCAUGAAUUAAAAUUAAAUAUAAAUAAUAGUAAUGUAAGAAGAAAUAGUUUAAUGAAUAGUAUUAAGAAAAACAAUAAUUCUGGACAUAUUAGAAGAUCUAGUUUAACUACUUCUAGCAAGCAAGGUGGGAAAGAUGCUGAAAUUGAUAAAUUAUUGAAAACAAUUGAAACUGAAUUUGAAAAUUAUGGCACUCGUGCUACAAUUCACAGAUUCUAUGCAACAAAAACCGAGUAAAAAAAAAAAAUUUAGUGAUAACUUAUUUCUCUAAGAUACUAUUUAAGGCUGAUAUAUAUAUAGCAUUCAACUUCUACAAAUUCCUAUGUAUCGUAAUCAAACAAAUUUCCUUCUUUUUUUAAAGGACAAUUAAAGUUUAAAUUUAUGAAUUUUAAUAAAAGGC